AGAUUCUCGUGCGUUUACGUCUUACUGUGAAAGUUUCUGUAGUUUUACUGUAGUUUUAAGUGUAAAUUUCCCGAGAGUUUAGAAUGGAUUUUUGGGCAACAGAUGAUUCUUCGAGUUGGCAGGAAGAACCUUGGUCUCAAAAGCUACAUAAAACACUAUUCACUUAUCAUGAAAAGCAAACAAUGAAGAAGGUCAAGAAAGCGGACUUGGAAACUCAAUCCAUAAAAGUGAAGAGAAGACAACAUACAGAGGAAGAUAGAGAUGAUGAACAAGAAGGAGUUUCAAAGAAAAAGAAAAAGAAAGGAAAUGUGAGGUUCGGACCUGAAAAUGGAGAUGAUGAUGGUGGUGUGCAGAAUCUUGGGGGCACUGAGAGGACAGAACAACUCCAACCUAAUAAGUCAAAGACAGCUUUGAAACAUACUAAGCCUGUUAAACAAAAAAGUGAUAUUCCCUCUACAGAAGUAAACAAAAUUGAUAAUGCUUCACCACAUUCAGAAGAGGUGAAAGCAAAGAAGAGAAAGAGAAAACCUAGAAAUAAUAAAUUCAAAGAUCAAACCUUGUCUACAGAAGCUAUGAAGAGUACAGCAUCAGUAGAUACCGUUGAGAGUCAAAACACUGAAGUAAUAGGAAGCUGUUUGGAGUCAUCUGAUCCAAAGCUGUCAGGGAAAGAAAGAAGAAAGUUGAGGAGGAAGCUGGCAAAGCAACAGUUGAGAGCUGCGAAGCAAGAACAAGCAAAGAUAACCAAGAAGAAAAUCAGUGAUGAUUCUAAAAAGAAUAAGGUCAAGAAGUCAAUGGAGCAACCUUGUGAAGAGGACAGUGAGCCCAAAGGUAAAGAUGAAGAUGAUGUACCUGUUAUCAGGUCUAAUGGGGAUGUAUCUUCCAACCUCAUCCUAGCCAACACCAGGAGAAAGACACAGAUGAAACCUGAUGUUAGUCUCAAGUCCCAGAUGGAAUCACAGCUCAAGUCUUCCCAGUUCCGCUUCUUGAAUGAACAAUUGUAUAAAGUGACUGGGGACAAGGCCAAAGAGAUGUUUGCUUCUGAUUCAACGGCUUUCUUGACCUACCAUGAAGGGUUCACCCAGCAGGUUACACAGUGGCCUUCAAACCCAGUUGACAUCAUCAUUGAUGCCUUGAAGAAGAGACCAGCUUCCUUGGUGAUUGGAGAUUUUGGAUGUGGGGAUGCAAAGAUAGCUCGCUCAGUGAAGCAGAAAGUUCAUUCCUUUGACCUGUAUCCUAUCAAUCAACAUGUGACUGUAUGUGAUACAAAGAAGGUGCCAUUGAAGGAUUGUGUCCUAGACAUUGCAGUGUUUUGUCUUUCAUUGAUGGGCACUAAUUGGAUGGAUUACGUGAACGAAGCCAAUAGAGUACUCAAAACAGGGGGUCUUUUGAAAGUUGCUGAGGUUGCUAGUCGUUUCACCUCUCCUGCCUCCUUCCUAUCUGUCAUGAAAUCUUUAGGGUUUCAACUCAAGACCAAGGAUGUAUCCAACAAGAUGUUCUAUCUGUUUGACUUCAAGAAAAAGCAAGUAGUGACCAGCAUACCUGCUGUGAAAGGACCUAUCCUAAAACCAUGCCUGUACAAAAAGAGAUAGCAUCUUCCGUCUAGAUUAUCUGUAUUGGACAGAUAGAUUAACAUAAGUUAUCUAAAGAGUCCAACAAGAUGUAUCUCAAGAAGAUGCAAGUAGUGUCAUCUGUGCCUGCUGUAGAACAAUUCAUCUUGUAGCCGUGAUUGCACGAGAGGAGAUGACAGAACUGUCCUUGUACAAGCCAAUAAACAGCAAUCUACCGGGGAAGAAGCCAGAUCACGGAACUGAUCUUUUUCUAGAUUAUACAUAAGGACCAGGGCCUUGUUUCAUUAAAGUUGAUAACAAUAGUAUGUUACAUUGGCUGUUGCAAGCUCCUGUAUUCAGGACAUUCUAUUGGCUGAGAGCCAAUUUUAUGGGCAACAAUUUUCAUGAAAUAGGUCCCCCAAUCUUUGAAGCCCACCACAUACCAUGCAGUCUUAUUAUGUCUUGGGUUAACAGUAAUUACAAUCAGAUUCAGUUUAAAAAUUGAACUAUUUCGUCUCUAAAUUCAGAUUAUAAUUUGCAUACUGAAAAUAGUAAUACUAAUGCGCGCAUUGAAGUUUUGAGUUUGAAUGAAAACUUAAUCUUCAAGAGAUCAUUUAGAAUCACACAAUUCUUCACACAUCACAAUAAAUCUGAGCUGAUAUGAACACUUUUCCAAAUGUAAGGGUGUAACAAAAGCUGGAGAAAAAUUAGAAAAAAUGUUCAGAACCUUGAUUUAUCAAUUUAUUUGCUUUAAUGUUCUGUAAUGUAAUGCUAUUGCAUAUUUCUUUCAAAAAGCAGAUUAUUGUAUGCUGUGACAGUAGCAUUCAGUAUGGUUGAAAAAUCUCUCCAUGUUGCAUGCCAGCCAUUUAAUGUAUGAUGCUGUUGUUUUGCAGCAGCAUGGUGCCAAAGAACAGUAAAAAAAAAAAUUCUCUCUGAAUAUAUUUUUUUUCUUAGAAAUAACACAUUGUCCAUCCUCAUCUCUGGAAGUAAUGCAAGUAAAUUAGAAAAGGUCAUUGCGUGGCUUGGCAGAAGGGCAUUAGGAUUUACAUCAAUAAAAUACAUCAAUUCCUAGUCCAAUGCAGCUGGCAUAAGAAUUUUAACUGUCACACGAACCUUACAUUUGGUGUAGUGCGCUAUUUAGCCUCCAUCCUUAUACCAGCCACAUAAGAAUUGAAAAGUUUGUACAUACACCGCCUACCGCCCCUCUACCAGGCAGGCGAUGAAAUACUUUUUCAUUCCAUGAGCAUUGUGUGAUGAAUAUAUUGCCC